UGCGGCCACUCGCUACAGGGUCCUCAUUGAGUAGCAUCUCGGAGGGAGCGGUGUUGUUAGCAACAUCAUGGCUGCUUCCACACGCUCUCAGGCGAUUUCUUUAUACAGGACGAUGCUGAGGGAGAGCAAGAAGUUUCCUUCAUACAACUACAGGACCUAUGCACUACGGCGUGUGCGUGAUGCCUUCAGGGCCAACUGCAGAGAGGAGGAUCCAAAAGCUGUGCAGCUACUGAUGGAGGAUGGACAGAAAAUGCUGGCACUGAUAAAGAGACAGGUGUCCAUUGGGAGGAUGUACGAGGCACAGAAGACCGUGGUGGAGUAAUGGCUACUCAGAACCCGUGCAGGCGCCUGUCACUGUGACUCCGCCUUCUUCCUGUUUGACCCCGAUCAGCCUGACCAGAUGGAGCUGUGAAAGGCGUUGUGGGAAUUGUAGGACAACGGCUGUGUGGAGCUGAGUUUGAGUGUUUUCAUCAGCAGAAAUAAAACCUGAGUUAGAAAAACCAAAAUCCACCAGGAGAAGACGGCGGGAGGUAGAGGCGGACGGACACGUCUGCUGAAGGUGACGCAGACAAACGUAAACUUCCUGUUGUCUCAGGUGGAGGUCGGUCUGAUUUAACUCAACACAGCCAUGAAACUAUACGAGCACUGAUGUCAGCUGCCUACAUUACCCACAAUGCAGCGGGGACAUUUGUCUCUAUGGAGUGUGAGUUUUUCCAAUUUGUUUUCACUAUAGUUAAACUAAGAUUGGGAUCUGGUUCUUCAAUAAUCUGAUGAAUUAUUCUAAUUUUGCAACCAAAAGUAAAACCAGAAUCUGCAGGUUUGUUGUGUUUCUGUGUUUAUCUGAGGAAAACUUGUAAAUAUGUUUAUGAUCAACUAUAAUAAAUCUGAUAAUG